AGGGCCGUAAAGCGCGAAAGGUCGGGAGACCAGGCUCGUCUCGUCGCCCCCCUUCCACAUCCUUCCCACCUUCCGCACCCUCCGGGGGCUUCCCGCCGCCACCCGCUGCCCUGUCCUCGGCAGGGUGUGAUAAGGCGCUGAGCUCGCGACGGGUCGUGAGGCUCACCAGUUUAGAACUGGAAGGGAUUUUAAAGGACAUCUUGCACAGCAGUUCCCCUCCCUCCUCCAUAUUUAGCAGCUGAGGACAGAGAGGCAAAGAGGCUUGCCUAGAGUCACAUGGCUUCUGAAGUAUCAAAGACACCCUACCCAGGUCUUCCUGAUUUCAAGUUCAGCAAGAAGCAUUUUGGAAAUGCCUGCCAUGUUUAGUGUUUAGGGUUGAAUUCUUAUGUCCUGCUUCCUCUUGGGUGAGUGAAGAUCACAUUUCUAGAAAGCUGACAGACAGAAGUCAUCAUGUUUUUCCGGUUGCUAUGUGAUAUUCGAUGGCGGAGGGCCAGUCAGAGAUGGCAGAACAGGUCUCAGUCAAGGCGCAGCAUUUCUGCAGUUUCAGAAUCUAGUCCUUCUGUCUCCCUCCCCACCCACGCCCAGGUAGUCAUCUGUGGUGGUGGAAUUAUAGGCACAUCUGUAGCCUAUCACCUUUCCAAGUUGGGAUGGAAGGAUAUUCUCCUGUUGGAACAGGGCAGGUUGGCUGCUGGCUCCACCAGGUUUUGUGCUGGCAUUGUUAGUUCAGCUAGGCACUUUACCUUAGAACAAAAGAUGGCCAAUUAUUCGAACCAACUCUAUCGACAGUUAGAGCAAGAGACAGGGAUUCAGACAGGUUACAUAAGGACAGGCUCAAUCUUUCUGGCUCAGACUCAGGACCGACUGAUCUCCUUGAAGCGUAUCAACUCGAGACUGAGCGUAAUGGGCAUCCCUUCUGAGAUCAUCUCCCCCAAGAGAGUGGCUGAGCUGUACCCACUCAUCAGCAUCCAUGACCUGGUGGGGGCCAUGCAUGUGCCUGAGGAUGCAGUGGUGUCAUCAGCUGAUGUGGCUCUUGCAUUGGCCAGUGCUGCCUGUCAAAAUGGUGUUCAGAUCCGUGACCGGACGAGUGUUAUUCAUGUGAAAGUUAAAAAGGGUCGUGUAACUGGAGUAGAAACGGAUAGAGGAUGCAUCGAAUGCCAGUAUUUUGUCAGCUGUGCUGGUCAGUGGGCUUACGAGCUGGGUCUGUCCAACGAAGAACCGGUUAGUAUCCCGUUACAUGCCUGUGAACACUUCUACCUUCUGACUCGUCCCUUGGAGACCCCACUGCAGAGCAGCACACCAACUAUUGUGGAUGCAGAUGGAAGGAUCUACAUUCGGAAUUGGCAAGGCGGGAUCCUAUCUGGUGGCUUUGAGAAGAACCCUAAGCCCAUCUUUACUGAGGGCAAGAACCAGCUAGAUGUUCAGAAUCUUCAUGAAGACUGGGAUCAUUUUGAGCCUCUUCUGAGCUCCCUGCUGCGCAGGAUGCCAACCUUGGAAGCUCUAGAAAUUGUGAAGUUGGUGAACUGCCCUGAGUCCUUUACGCCAGACAUGAGGUGCAUCAUGGGGGAGUCUCCGACUGUGCAGGGUUACUUCGUACUAGCUGGAAUGAACUCUGCUGGAACUUCAUUUGCAGGAGGAGCAGGCAAGUACCUUGCUGAAUGGAUGGUUCAUGGUUAUCCUUCAGAAAAUGUGUGGGAUUUGGACUUGAAACGAUUUGGAGCUCUGCAGAGCAGCCGUACCUUCCUCCGCCACCGAGUCAUGGAAGUGAUGCCCCUGCUAUAUGAUCUUAAGGUCCCGAGGUGGGACUUCCUGACUGGUCGGCAGCUGCGUACAUCUCCCCUUUAUGACCGUUUGGAUGCACAGGGAGCCAGAUGGAUGGAGAAACAUGGCUUUGAGAGGCCCAAGUAUUUUGUCCCACCUGACAAAGAUCUACUGGCAUUGGAACAGAGCAAGACAUUCUAUAAGCCAGACUGGUUUGACAUUGUGGAGUCCGAGGUCAAAUGCUGUAAAGAGGCUGUAUGUGUCAUUGACAUGUCCUCUUUUACUAAAUUUGAAAUAAUUUCCCCUGAGGCAGAAGACUUUGAGCUUCUUCAGUACCUCUUCUCCAAUGACCUGGAUGUGCCUGUGGGCCACAUUGUGCACACAGGCAUGCUCAAUGAGGGUGGUGGCUAUGAAAAUGACUGCAGCAUAGCUCGGCUUAGCAAAAGCAGUUUCUUCAUGAUUUCCCCUACUGACCAGCAGGUCCAUUGCUGGGCCUGGCUAAAGAAACACAUGCCUGAGAACAGCAGCCUGCUUUUAGAGGAUGUGACCUGGAAGUACACUGCUCUCAAUCUGAUUGGCCCCCGUGCUAUGGAUGUUCUCUCUGAAUUAUCUUAUGCCCCUAUGACUCCAGACCAUUUUCCAUCCCUCUUUUGCAAGGAGAUGAGUGUGGGUUAUGCAAAUGGAAUCAGAGUGAUGAGCAUGACUCACACAGGAGAGCCUGGAUUCAUGCUCUAUAUUCCUAUAGAGUAUGCCCUGCAUGUGUACAAUGAGCUGAUGAGUGUUGGACAGAAAUAUGGAAUCCGAAAUGCUGGUUAUUAUGCUCUCCGAAGUCUUCGUAUUGAGAAAUUUUUUGCCUUUUGGGGUCAGGACUUGAACACGUCCACAACACCCCUGGAGUGUGGACGAGAAUUUCGCGUGAAAUUGGAUAAGGGAAUGGAUUUUAUUGGUCGGGAUGCCCUGUUGCAGCAAAGGCAGAAUGGAGUCUACAAACGCUUUACUAUGUUCAUCCUCGAAGACCAUGACACAGACCUGGACCUCUGGCCCUGGUGGGGAGAGCCCAUUUAUCGGAAUGGGCAGUAUGUUGGCAUGACCACCAGCAGUGCCUACAGCUAUACUCUGGAGCGCCAUGUCUGCCUUGGCUUUGUACACAAUUUUAAUCAGGAGACAGGGGAGCAGCUAGUGGUAACCCCUGAUUUCAUUAACCGCGGGGAAUAUGAAAUUGACAUUGCGGGACAGCGCUUCCAGGCCAAGGCCAAACUUCUUUAUCCAUUCAGCUCCCUCUUUACUUACAAACGACGAAAGGACGAGAUAGAAAUGAGUGACUUCCAGGGAAAGUAACUCUGGUAGGGAAGCCUGCCGCCUCCCUCCUCACACUAGGACUUCCCACUAGGAUCAUCUUGCCAGCUGCUUCCUCCUUCCUACAUUGCUUCCUAUUCUUUCUCCAUUUCUUAACCAUGAAGGUUAUUUUCAAAACCUUGAGAUUGUUUGAAACUUAGCUUACAUUAACAUUUUUUUGCUUUGAGAUUUUUUUUCAUUUUUCCUUCUUUAAAUACCCCAUCCAGUACCUUCUCCUCUUCCUUCUCAUCCCCUCCCCCACCCCCCAAAAAAAGUCUUAUGUUGGCAGAUGGCACGUGGUACACUUGACAGGCUGAACAUUCAGCAGAAAUGGUUGCACCAUUGUGGCUGCCCUUUGAAGGGCAGCAGUCUGAUUCCAAGUACUUUGCUCUAUCCUUGCCACCCACAGUCAAGAGCAGCUGGUAUUUGCUGGCCUGUACUUUAGAGUUAGCUCUUCUCUUUCUUCUUGGGCAUUCUACAUACCACUUUCAGUGGAGUGGCCAGAUACCAUACCCAUUAGGGCUGCAUCCAGACAGGGGCUUGAGGAGAUGCUCCUCUUAAAUGGUUCAUUGGGAUACUCUGAUUUACAUUUUCCUCAUGUACAUUGUGCAGAGGGGUUUGGUGCAAUGACACACUGAGCAAUAGAAUGAUUAGCUACCUCAUUGCUGUGAGACUGGGCAAGGGUUUUAUCGGAGUGGUGUUGGACAGAGGCGGUCUGCAACUUGGUCUUUGGGCUUUCUUAAAGAGCUGUUGCUCUUAAGGAGCAAUAAGGGCGAUCAUUGGAUCGCCCAGCUGGGAAAACCCUGCCUGUAACUUUCUGCUCCCUUGUCAGGCUCCUCUUCUUUAGGUGAACAUAAGAGUGAUGCAUUGCUCAGAGGAUAUCCCCGUCAAUGAUAAAUGUAAAUGAUACUGUUUUUUUCUCUCAAAAAUCUAGUCCCCCUUUCUUGGUUUCCUUUUCUCCAGGUGUCCUGCACUUUCUUUUUAACUAGUUCAGCCUUACUUGGCCUAUCUGUAAAAGGCAUAUAAGCUUCUGAUCCUUUGAGGGAAAACCAUCUGGAAUGUAUGGGUCCAGUAGGUACAUCUUGCCAGCCCAUGCUGAGUAAUAGCCAUGUUUUUGAUCCACUCAGCUCCAUCGAAGAGGGAAGCAUUCUUUCCAGUAACUCAGUUCAUGUGGGCCUUGGGCCUGGCUUCCCAUCCUCUCCUCCAUCUAGGAAAUUGCUCCAUUACUCAUGCAGUUUUCUUAUUUUUACUUAUCCUUACUCACUGAGAUGGAAAAUUAGUUUUAGUUUUCUGGUUUGCUUUGUUUUCCCUAGAGACAAAUGUCCUAAGGAAAAAAAGUGACUUUGCCCUUUGUUUUGAGUGGAGCUUUUCUUGUUUUUUUUGACCUGGCAGUGAAGCUCCCAGAUACUACAAAUUGCUAUGAGCUUCAGCCCCUUGACUUUUUUUUUUUUUGGUAGUUAAAACUGCUAAAACCAAAGAACAAAGAGCUAGUACAGAUUUUUCAUGAACUUAAAAAGCUGUACUGCCCCCACGAGUGCAAAGUCUUCUCCCCCACCCCAUCUCCAGUAGAUCCAAGGUCUUUCAGAACUUGAGACAAUUGGGGUUGGCUUGCCUUUGGAAUUUCUCUUUUUCCUUACUUUCCUUAACUCGUGGGUUGUUGCACUGUUAUUUGCCCACUAAUCUGUCUAGGUCACCCACCCCCCUUUUAUUUUUAGGCAGUUGGGGUUAAGUGACUUGCCCAGGGUCACACAGUAGGUCACCCCUUCUUUAAUAACUUACAGUUCUGUUCUUAGGCCGGCUCUUUUAUUUUUCUUGGGCCCUUGCUCAUUUGUAAAAGAGGGAGAACAUGGCAAAUAUUAGACCUGAAGGUGAAACUAAUUUGUGAUUUAGAUAACUUGCCAACAGCCUUCUGAAGAAGUCUGCCUUUCUUGUCAGCUUUGCUGAAUGGGGUCCACAGUCUCCUUGACAGCUCUUUUAUUUAGGCUCUUUUUACCUCUUGUGUCUUUUGUCUUGAGUCCAAGCCUUGAGAUUUCUGCUAUGCUUAGCAUUCUGUGUAGUGCCCUUGGCUGAAUCAAGGCUGUGGAAGAUGAGGAGAAGAGAAGUGUCUCCCAGCCGGAGAACAAAGCAGCAGAUAGACCAGAGUUUGGGAGUUGGGAGGAAGGUGGCGGAGCAGACAUGGGCAGAGGAGGUUUUCUGGAGUGAUGUUGCAAAGGCCGGGUAGACUGGGUGUUGUUUGGUCUUGAAGAUGGUACCACUGGAUGUGGAUGGGCUGCUUCUACUAUUUGGGGAUUUUGCACUAAUCCAAGUUCUUCCUUUGUAAGUAGAAAUUUGGGCUUUUCUGGGGUUGUACGCACAGGUGUGUCUUUCCCCUAAGAGAGGGGAAUAAAGCUUAGCAGUUGCAUUACGACAUCGAAUCACUACUUAGAAAGAGAAAUAGGAAGAGAGGCAGCUGUGUAGUCCCAAAAGCAUUCAGCUAGAAACUUAUCUGCCAAAAAGGGUACUUGGGGUUUCUUGUUUUUUAGUUACAGUUCCCCUCAGAUUCCUGGGCAGGAAGAAGUAUUCCCUUCUCAUGGACGAGAAAACCCAACGAGGGAAGACACCAGUGUGGGCCAGCAAGGACCUUUCCAGUACUUUUGCCUGGUGUGUUUGUUUCUAAUAUCAAACCACUUCUUUUCAUUUGGAGGGGAGGUUCAGACUGUAGUUAGUUGGCAUCACAUCUGAAAAGAGGCCUGGAGCUUCUGUGGACCAAGACAUUCUUCUUCAAUAAUUUGAGGUUUUCUCUUUGUCUGGGUAUAGAAAAGGCUUCUUAAGGAGAGAGAUCUGAAAUGUUUGUUCUUUUUGGGUUCAGGUUUCCCUUGGAGCAGAUUCAGGGCAAGGAGUAGCCAGUUUGAUCCAUCCAUUUUAGAACAAGUUAGCUCCUUUGGGCCUUGCAUCAAUUUUCCUAUCACAAGGAGAUCUAGAUCCCAAAAGCUUGAGAUGGCCAAAGCAAAGAGCACUUUUAAUGUCUAUGUUGAGUGAUGUUUUUUCCUCUACCGGGGCAUGUGUAACAACCCAACACGAUCUCAUCUCAUCCAGUCAGAUUCGUUCCUGUCGUGGGCGUUUGAGGGGUGUUUGUGCUUCCUGUGGAGCAGGGAUUUCAGUGCAGCAACAACAUUCAAUUCAACAAAUGUUUUCUGAGAUUAUCCUUCCAUUUGGAAUGUUGCAUCCUUCUUUUUAAUCUUCCUUCUGCAAAUAGACCUAUAUUGUUCUCUUUUGUUUUGGUCUUAGGUACUGAAAACAUUUUGGUCUCUUGGGAACACUCAGUAUUGCAUGUCUUCUGUGAGCCUCCCUAGAAAACAGUUAAUGAGUAUUUUCCUUCCAUUUGUGUCUGUGCUUUUGGAUCUGCUUUCUUGUUAUGGCGAAAGUCAUUUGGCUUUGGGAAUUUGAAUUCCAGCCAGAGGAUAUUAGGUUCGCUUGGCACAUUCCUCCCACUGUGUUAAGAGGCACUGAGGUCAAGGAACAGGAUUACUUAGUAGUACAGAAAGCUUUGAAAAGAUAAAAUACUUUAAUGUGAUUAAUAGUUAAUUUUAAUGACUAAUUUUAUUAUUUUAAUGAUUGAUAGUCUAAUGACUAAUCACAAUCACAGGACUGAAAAUUGCUUGCUUCAGUAGAUCAGUCUCUUGAGGGAAGAUGGGAAGGGUUUAAGGAAAACGAGUUGCUUCAUCUUUCCUGGACAGUCAGCUGCUCUCAGUAUCCCAGAUUGUUGGCAACAAAUAUAAUAUGAUGACAAAAUUAAGACCCUGCGGUAGAAACUUUCUCCUUCCAAAAGCAACUCAAUUCUUAGUCACUUUCAGGAGGAAAGUCUUCUUUUGCAUUAGUGCAGAAACUGGUGCAUCAUUUAUGUCUUGAUGUUUUCAGAGAGACACAUACAGUAAUUUUGCAAUGGAAGUGAGCAUCUAGAAAAAAAUGCCCCACAAUUUAACAGCAAAUAAUGUGCGUGACCCAUACUUAUGUUAACACUAACAUGCUUAGAUUGCAUUUAUCUUAACUUUUCUGGUAGAUGAAGAGAGAACAAUGAAUUUGUAAGCUGUUCUUUUGACCUGUACCAAGGUCUCUAGACUAGUGGGUGUUUCUACUACAGAAAUUUCUUCUAUGAACUGCAGGGUGGCUAUGGCAUUCGUUGGAAUCUGAAAGAAUAUCCAAAAGAAUGGGGUGUCUGUGUCCCACAACCUAUAAUUACAUGUGGUCUCAAAGAUUUCACUCUCCAUAUAGUAUAAAAUGACCUUUCAAGAUUCAUUACUCUGAAAAUAUCCCAGCUUUCUAGUAUUGGGGCACUACUAAGUCUUUAAUUGUUAAAGAAAACAUCAUAAUUACUGUACCAGACUGAUGAAAGUUCACGCUUGUUGCAGUUGUAUCCUUUUUUCUGUGCAGAAGACAUUGGCCUAGUAUCUUCCAAAACGCUACACUUACCUAAACAGAAGUGAGAUUGCAAUCUGAUUCUCUUUAUUUGCACACUUCUAGCACCCCACACUCCCUUAUGUUUUUUUUUCUUGAAUGUUUCAUAGUAGUCACAACUGGGGAAAUGGUUUCCAUUUAAUUGUCACUUUAAGACAGUUCCUCCCGGACUCUCACCUUUUUUUCCUCUUAACCCAAAGAUUCCAGGGACUUUUAUCAUUCCCUUGCUCCCAGUUAUGACUAAAUCAUAAGAAGAAAUUUGGCUAGCCUAUUAAGGAACAUAAUUUUUAUUAAUUCUGGGCAAGGGGGUAGGAAGUAAUUUUGUUUAUGCUUGAGCAUCCUGUUUUUGUUGAAUGCAGUUUCUCAGAAGCAAGACGACCUUGGACCCAGAGAGCUGUGCGGUUGUUACUACAGCCCCAGCGUUAGGCUUCCUUGUGGUGGCGGAUGAACUUUUGUGUCAGAACUGUGUUAGGCUGAAGAAACAAGUACCGUUUUGUUCUCCGAUUUAAUGACAUAACUCUGAAAUUGGCAGCAACAGGCACCUUAUUUUCAGAGGAGUGGAGCCAAGUCGUUCAAAUUUUGUAGCCCCCAGAUGCUGUUGCUUUACUUGUCCCAUGUUGUUUCAAAAAGAGAAAUGCUCUUGACCUUUGUGUGGUCCCAUUAACCCCAGGCAGCAGAGGAUAAAGGGAUAUAACUGGAGCUUUCUGAACAGUUGAGUUAGACAGUUGGUUCUGCUGGGCUUGGGAGGGCGGCUGUCCUCCUGGACCAUCAAACUCGAGGACUUUGGCAGUUCCCCUAAAUGGCACGACAGGUCAAGGUGAAUCCAUCAGCAACCUCUUGGUACCGUCUCCGCUGCUCCCCCAGCGUGGAGCGUACAGCUCUCUAGCCCAGCAGAACCAGGUAAGUCUUCUCAGUAAGGAAGGCAUGUGUAGAGUUUUGAUCUCUCUCGGGCUGCCUCUUUUCCCACUAUGGUCCACAAAGAGGUUCCUGAGAGAUCCAAGAUAUAAAAGCUGUUGAUGAUGGCUAGUGUAUUGUUAAUAGAAAGGGCUUCUGCAGUUCAGACAACGCUUCUCAAUGUUAGUGUCAUGAUAUGGAGACUCCCGUGAGCGGGAAAGCACUGUCUAGCAUGUUUUCUGUCAGAUGGCUUUAGAAUAAACAAAGCUGCCCCUCACCCAUCGUCUAUCCCUGCCACAAAACCAGGAUAAAAUUAGUUUUGAAUUCUGCUGUCCAUCCUGUUAUAAAGCUUGGUAAAUAAGGAACUUGCUCUGUGUCUUCAGAACCCCAGCCAUCUCCACUUUGGGCUCUUGGUUUAAGGUGCUAAAAUCACUAGACUCCUUUUAUGAAUGCUGUGCUUCCUCUGAGGAGCUUUCCAAGAGGGCUGAGCUUUUUAGUCGGUCUUUGCCGGCCUUUUCUCCAUUGAGCGCCAGAGCUACCCUUGGUGUAGUCUGUCACGUUGGGCAAAAUGAGACACUCCUUCUUGGACAACUUUGUUUAUCCUCUGUGGACAUGUCUGCAUUUUAUUCUUCAGCCUUCUCCUGUCUUCUAGGGACAGGGCUGACUCUGUUACAAGAACCGGCCAGUGUUUCCUCUGCAGACAGGAAUGAGAGCGCGGAAAGCUGGAGCUCUCGUCGCCAUUUUCUAGUGCCUUACACACACGGGGGAGGUGGCCAGCACGGAAACUCCAUUUCAGUCUGAGUCUCCAUACACCUUCCUCCUCAUAGCCAUGCCUCUCUCCAUAGCAGGAAGAAAAAAGCUUUCUACAGAUAUAUUUGAAUGAACAUUGUUCUCAGAGCACAAUUCAUGCUUUAACUAAACCCUUGGUCUAUACACAAUGCCAUUGUAACUGUUGUGAAGUAUCAAGCCAUUGCGUCUGUGCAGAGCACUGAAGCCCAGCUGUGUCCUAAAAACACAAGGCACUUUAGCAAAUUGGAAUCCUUUUGUGGGGCGCUAAUGGUGGGCGGCUGUUAGUCACACAGGAUGGGCCCCCGUCCUCCACCAAGGCUGGGUUAGCUGAACAUUGUGCACUGUGUUUAUAUAGAGUUGUAUUUCAGUUAAGAUUUUCUGGUCUCUUCAUGUAUCAUAAUGUUUCUUUAUGAAUAAACAGACAUUUAAUUACUCUA